AUGCCGUAUUAUACUCCAGUACCUCAUCCUGCUGGUUGGAAAAAUCCGAUGGGCGGGCCCCGGCCUAUGGGACCACCGCCAUCUACAUAUCCUCCACCGAUCGAGCCUUACGGUUCUUACUAUGUACCGCAUCAAGGACCAGUCCACUCUCAUCCGUACGCCGCCACACCACGCAGUCAUGCUUAUUAUAUCGGCCCUCGCCCGCAGACUACUUUCCCCCGUCAACACAAGGAUCAUUACCCACCGUAUCCCGCACCGCAACAGCCAGUCGAGGGAUAUUAUGAGGAAGCAAGCGCGCCCAGAUCGAAGAAGCAGCCUAAGCCAAGACAGGAGAAGCCACACAAACGAACAAGUCGAGAUGAUGACAUAGAAGAGAUGAAGAGAGGAAUGGAAGAUCUGGCGUUCAGGCAACAGCAAGUGGAUGAUGGUCGGAAAGCUCAAGAAAGACGCGAAAGGAAAAAGGCAUCAGAUGCAGCCUUGAUCAGACAGGUGAAAAAGACUGUACGGAAGGAGCUGGAAAACAAUGCCAGUGCUCUGAGAGACAUUGACGUGCGCUCAGAAUUGAGCAGGCGACUCCUCCGCUCCGACAUUGGCUCUAGGGGUUUUUCCACGCCUGCUCCGUCAGUCUAUGAUGAACCGGAUGCUGGCCCCAUUAUACAAGCUACUGCCAAGGAAAUCUUGAAGGCAGUACGUGGACAGUCGCUGUCAGAUCUUGGAGGCUUUCAAGCUCCUCACAGACCAUCUCAUCGACGAGCUGCAUCAGAAGUUCCUUACUCUGGCGGCAGCCAUCCACCACUACCAAGAGACAGUGAUGCUGCCGCAACUAGCAACCCCUUCAUGCCAAACCAAACGAUCUAUGGUCAACCCCCCUACCAGGGACCCGAUCCACAACAAAGACAAGCCCAGAAAUCCGAAGCCUAUUGGACCGGAACAGUGAGGAAGUCUCGAACGAGGAGUGGAAGCCACUCUGGGCCGCGAUUCCAAGGAGAUACGAAUACGCCACUUCACGGUAGCCUGUCUCCCGAUGACAGCGGCUAUGCUUCACCGGAACCGCUGAGAUCGGAACGACCAUUCGACCAAUCAAGGGCACGAAGGGUUUCAUUCCGAGAUGGCGACGGAGCACCUCGCCUCAGACAUGAGGGCGUUCGAGGUGAAGAAGUGGUUGACUGGUCGGAAGAUGAGGUCGAGGUGCCAGGACACCCCCAAAGACGAACGAGAACAUACAGAACUGGGGCGCCUGGGCAGCCAAACUUCACAAUCGAAGUAAGGGGUCCACCGCCAACAGCGCCAGAGGUUGGCCACUUCUAA